CACUUCACUUUGUACGAACAUGAUUAAGUUAAGAUUUAUCGUAUCCAUUGCUGCUGUUGUCGCUUUGAGCGUUAAACUUUGUUUCAGUGCGUGUGCUCGUGCUGAAUAUGAGGUAAAUGGAGAAUGCUGCCCCAUGUGUGCACCAGGAAACCAUGUUUAUUGGGAUUGCUCUAUAGAUACCAGCACAACUUGUGUUCCAUGUCCUGCUUCAACUUAUUCAGACGAACCCAGUAGUUCAUCAAAAUGCUUUUCUUGCUCUGUGUGUGAGCAAGGAAAAGGACUAAGAGUAAAGAGAACCUGCACACGCUCUGCAGAUACUGUUUGUGAGCCACUAGAUGGAUUCUAUUGCAUUGAGCGAAAUAAAGAAAGCUGUAGAUUCACUGUGAGACAUUCUGAAUGUAGCCCUGGACAAUAUAUCAUACAAGCAGGUACUAGCUCCAUUGAUACUGUAUGUGCUGACUGUACAGGUGACACAUAUUCAGAUGGAUCGUUCUCAUCCUGUUUACCACACACAAAAUGUGAGGACAUGGGACUUACUGAAACAAAUCAAGGAAUAUAUUCUUCUGACACUGAAUGUGGAAAUCCCCAUACUGCUGUAGCAAUCAUUGCUCUUAGCAUUGCAGUUACUUUAAUAUUAAGCGUUUUUGCAGUUAUACUUAUUCUGAAAAAGAAACAAUCUCAAAAUUCUGUUUGUUUUCCAAAGAAUGCAUAUGUCUGCAAGAAGCUUGUGGAAACACGACCUGUACAAGAACUGAGUCUUGAAGAAUCUUGA